UAAACUGAGUGUGUGUUCAGUGUGGAAUAAUCAAGCAGCCAAACAACCAUGAAACCCCCUUCUUCAUUCCUCAUUAAAACUCUUGUAAUAUUAGCAGCUCUAGGUGUUUCACGAGCUUUUGAUUACCAAAUCUUUGCUCAGCUGGUGACUAUUGCUCUCUCUCUCUCUGUGGUUUAAUUAAUAAUAUUUGUUUCAGUCUGUCUCUCUUCUACUUUCAUCUUGGUCUUGGUAUAAAGAGUAGAGCUACGUUGUCUAUUAUUGGUUUUCUCAUUUUUGUUUCAGUGGCAAGGCUCAUACUGUGAAACAUCGAUAACAUGCUGCACGCCAAGCACAGGAAUGCCUGCGGCAAAUUUUAGCAUUCAUGGGCUAUUUCCACGUUAUAAGAACGGGUCAUCCAUCUCAUACUGUGAUUCAAGCAACACUUUCAAUUCAUCCCAGGUAUCAGACCUUAUUAGCAGAUUGGAAACUAGUUGGACAACGUUUUCCUGCCCAGUAAUGGUCAGUCAUAUUGGGAAUACAUUUGGUUGAAAUUUGGGACCUGCACAGAGCUUGUAUUGAAUCAACACGGAUACUUCGAAGCGAACCUCGACUUAAGGGACAAAGUGGAUAUGCUCCAAGUCCUUGAGGAUGCCGGAAUCAAACCCAAUGGUGACUUCUACAGCUUGGACGCAAUCACGACAGCUAUUGAAGAAGCAACUGGAUACACUCCUACAAUCAUCUGCAAUGUCAACACGUCCGGUUACUAUCAGAUGUAUGAAAUUUACAUGUGCACAGACACUUCUGGAUCUGACUUCAUUGAGUGCCCAGUUUCACCUACCACCAAUUGUCCUUCCACCGUCCUGUUUCCUCCCUUCGUUGAAAGUGCUAGUGCUGCACGGAUCUAUCUUCCUUCCCAGCAGUAUGCUUAAAAUAGAGUUUUAGUUUUGUGUGAAGAAGGAUGUUAACUAGUUCUAGCUACUUUAAUUGUCUUCUUCAUAAAUAAUUCACUUUGACAGUGAAAUGGAGGUGAUCUAAAUAUUGUAUGUGUAUGCUUUGUGUUUAUGUAAGGAACUUAUGUAGCUUAGCUUCUGGGUUUAUUUUGGAUUUACUCCUGCUCAGAUAUUGGAUGAUUUCAAAUUUUCA